AUAUCUAAAUGUCGCUAUAUAUAUACUUUGUUGAGAGUAAGACACUACAUGAGGUAUCUCGUCAGCGGCCAUGGUAGAUCAUACAGUUGAUGUUCCAAUGGCGGCAGUACUCAAGCCACCGUUUUCAUCGCGAUCUAUCCCUCUCGAGCCGCCAAUAGUGCCCAGCCCUAAAUCGCAGUCAUCUGGCUCACAAGGAGCAGUGAAUACCAAUCAGCCAGCUAUCCCCAACCCAACAGCAACGGGUGUGCAAUUACACCCAUUGGAUUCGCUUCCAACAACAUUCACACGAUGGCCUAUCAUGUCUUUGGUCGACAAUGAUCUGAAAACGUUCUUAAAAUGCGACUUGGAUCUCUCGCGUUUGGACGUAAUACAAGAGCAGCUAUGGAUGCCGUCAACUUCAAAGCGAGCAGCGCCAAUACACCGACAUCGAGUUUUUGGUUACAAUAUCCAUGGCGUACAGCAGAUGGAUCUGCAUCUCGUCAGAGACAGCGCUCCGCGAAAUCGGCUUAUGAUCAAACCUCUUCCAGAAUGGAUGCUCUCCCACGAAUUCUGGUCCAACCAUCUAUGUAACGACUAUUACGUGCACGCUUCAGCCUGUGGGUUCUUAUUGAGCUAUUUGUGGCUCAUUGAGACUCCAUUGGAUCUAAAAAUUGCGCAUGAGCACUCGCUGUUGCCGACAUUCAUCACGUGGUACUGGUGGAGAACGUUCGUGACGGAAGCUUCAGCAUUGCUAGACGUGAAUACACUAGACUACGUGAAGGUUAAUGAACGUUACAAACAUGGAGUUCUCCAACUUGAGCGACUCAACACCAUAUACCAACAACGUCCAGGACACCUCACAGCUUGCUACUUCCAUCCCACACGCCAUAAUACGUCGUUCGUGGCAGUGAACCUAAACUGGAUUAUAGGAGCCCCGUUUGUGUUCUUGACAGUGGUCUUAUCGGCUAUGCAGGUCGGAACGGGCUUGGACGGACUUGAGAAGAGUGAUCUCUUCCAGCGGGCGUCGUAUGUGAUGGUUUUGCUGUCGAUGAUAUGUGUCGCGGUAUUGUUGGUCGUUCUGUUUGUCGAGUUCGGGCUUGCCUUUUGCUAUAACAUCGUACUUAGCUUCUUCAAAGUAAGGGAAGCGCGCAAAGAUCUAGAAUGAAGACAGCACAACUAGAACAUGAUAGUUAGAGAUAUAAAAGGAGGGCCAUCCUGAUUUGGAUAAGAUGAGAAAGAGGAGCAAUCUUCGUUGUAUAGUGCAGUGACUCACGGCUGUCAAAGUCUCAC